AUGGCUAAUUGGAUCUCCUCCAAGCUCAAAGCGGCUGAGAGCAUUCUCCAGCAGAUCGAUCAGCAAGCGGCGGAGUCGCUUAAGAAGGGCGAAAGGCCUCCAGCGGUGGAUAGUCUCGAAGCUACUAGUAAAACUGGGGAUAUUUUGCCUUUAAAGGAUCAGCUCAAGAAGAAGAACCAAUUAGACAACGAUUAUCAUGGCAAAGUGCGCAGUGAUUUAAGUUUGAACGUCAGCAGAAACCAGGAUAAUGUGAUUUCUGCCGUGUCGAAACCCUCGCCAAAAUCACCUACUCUUACGGAUAGUGACUGGACCGAACUGCUCGGUACACCUAAUCAACCUUCAACUUCGGCUGCAUCCCGCAGUAAUGGUUCAUCUUCAAUUCGUGGUGUGAAGAGAGACGGUCGCAGACCAAAUAAUGGAGGUUCAAAUAUUUCGGUGCUGGAUUUCAAGAAAACUCAGAACACUAAAAGUAACAAGUCCAUUGGGGAAACAAAGAAAUUAAAUAGGAAAGCAAGUGAUGUGGAAGAAUCUAAUAUUUCAGUUUCGUUGGGGACAAAUUCAAGAGUUGAUCCGAAAAAUGAUAAAAAUGUUGCACACUCCGAAGGCCAAGAAUUGGAUAAAAAAGAGGCUGGAGGCAAUAUGUUAGUCCAAGCAAAAAGUGUGGAAAAAAAAGAAAUUGGUGGGGAUUUUGAUUCUAAGGGUUUUACUUUAGAGAAAUCUGUGCUAGCAAUACGAAAUGGUCAGUCUUCAGAAACAGUGCCGGAUAGAGAUCAAGCUAAGAGGAUAUCUGAUAUGAAUUCCAUUAUGAAAGAUGCUCAAAAUCAUCGAGGAAGUGGUGUUUCUGGGAAGCAUAAAUCAGACGAAGUUUCUCGUAGUUCUAUAUCUGAUGAUGUAAGAAAAGAGUGGACAGGCUCUUCAACUAGUGAUGGGAGUUCUGGUUCAGAUUCGGACUCAGGUUCAGCUUCUGAUUUUGAAAUUGAACGUGAGAGGGAAGAAAGGAGAAAAAAGAGGGAGAAAUUUCUGGCUGAGAAAGCAGCAGCCAAAGCAAUGGAGGCUAUCAAAGAACAGGAAGACUUGGUUGCCAGACUGGAGGGUGAGAAGCAGAGCCUGGAAAAAAUACUGGAGGAUCGAGCAAGAAAGCAAGCAGAAGAGGCUUCAGAGCUGCAGACAUCUAUGAUGGAAACAAUGGAGGCUGUUGAGCUUGAGAAGCAGAAGCACAAUGAAACUCGUAGAGAAGCCCUUGCUAUAAUGGCCAAGCUUGAGACUGAAAAUGCCGAUCUUGCAAGAGCCCUUGCUUCUGUACAAUGGAAUCUUGAGUUAGAGGGUAAGCGGGUUGCAGGACUUCGACAGCAGAUUGAAUUGAAAGAAACAACUCAUGAAGAACUUAGGAGGAGGAUUGCAAGCUCUCAUCAAGCUGGAACAUCGACAAAACCAUUGGCUUUUAAAGGAAUUGAGUUUGAAUUGGAGAUCCUUGAUGCAGAGCACUCUCUCAUCACUGAUAAAGUCCUUAAAUUGCAGGAAAAGGGGAAAAAGUUGGAAGAAAACAUAGAGUUGAUGAGAAAAGAUAUGGAGGAACCAACUGAAGUAGAAGUUGAAGUCAAGCGAAGGCUUGGCCAGAUGACUGACCAUUUAAUUCAGAAGCAAGCUCAGGUGGAGGCACUGUCUUCCGAGAAAGCAACCCUUCUCUUCAGAAUCGAGGCUGUGACGAGGCAGCUAGAAGAAAACAAGUCAGUGAUGAAUACAAACGAUAUUUCCAGUAGCUCGUCGAGGGACUUGGAGUCGGGAAAAUGGGAACUUUCAGGUUCAAAACUGAGACCGAUGUUGCAGGACAAGAUCCACUCCGGGAAGAAACACCUAGGAUCCCUGAUCCAGCAACUGGAUGCAAUAUAUGGAGCAGGCAUGGUGUUCAUAAGGAGAAAUCCAGCAGCUAAAUUAUGGUCAGUAGUUUACCUUGUAUGCCUUCACUUUUGGGUACUUUAUAUUCUCAUGUCGCAUUCUCAAGUAGACACAGAGACAAAGUCUGGUGCUGUUAUUUCCUUGGAAAACAUCAAUGCCUCUUUAAACAUGUGAUUUUCUUUUGCUCUCAUUAUCACAAACAGAUGCCUCCCUUUUCAUAAGUUUAUAUUAUGAAAUAUACCAUCUUAUAUUAUUUCUA